UGGCCAAUAAACCAUAAUUCCCGUAAAGUACAAGAGAUUGACACAAUGGAAGAAGGCGCGACCCACGCUGUUGCUCCAUCCUAUCUUGGAUGGUCCAUCUUUAACACUUUAUGCUGCUGUCUGCCACUUGGGAUUCCUGCUAUUAUCUUUUCCUGCAAGGCACAAAAUGCAAACACUCUGGGAGAAUCAGCUGUUGCUGAGGAAGCAUCAAGGACGGCCAAGACCCUGAACAUCAUUGGAACAGUCUUUGGAGUAAUCAUCAUCAUCGUUUGGAUUACAGCUACAUUUAUUUAAGAACGAGAAGGCCAAAUUUUGCCAGAAAAUGACGUGCAAAAAUCCAGAAAGCUUUUAUAAUUAUGUGCUACACCUCCUCUACAUGGAUCAUUAAUUAGGAAUAUAUGUCUGUAGGUCCUCGUUCACAUAUGUUUGCAGACUAUGUUUAACUGGCUUUUUCCAUUUAAAAUUAAAAAAUAAAAUGAUAUGACGAUUAUAGGAAGAACAACGAGUGCAUGUCAGCAUCUGAGUACUGCACGAGUAAAGGAAGAAAACAAAGGCAUAUUAUUAUAAAAAUAUAGUUUUUAUUUGUCUUAUUUACACUUAUGUUGGCAUGGGCUAUGAUAAAAGAAGAAAAUAUAUAAAAUUGUAAC